UGGCCUCGGGGGUUCCAGAGAGCGCGCGGCAGUCAGAGUUCCUCUUUUCGGUUUUUCGUCUCGUGUGUGUUUUGUCUUUCUCCUCCAGACUUGAAAAGACUGAGAGCUCGCGCCCGCCCCUCCUCACUCGUUUUGAACCGCGGUGGAGUACAGACCAGACCCGACCAACAGACGCGCGGCGCGAGCGCAGCCCCGGUCCCUCCUACUGCUACUCACCGCGGCGCACAGCAGAUCUCGAGCGAACGUAUCCGCGCGCGCCGCCAGCUGGAACGAAGCUGCACGCCAGUCCUCAGUGCUCACGACGAGCCCGCAGACCCAGUAACCGCAGGAGCCGAUCAGGGGCUCGCAGACAGACGCGUCGCCUAUUCCCCCUCCACUCCACAGACUGCUUUUUUUCAUUUGGGAAUCUACAUUAACCCUUCAAGAGGUACAGACAGUUAUACACGUUUCCACAGGAGUGAUUCUUCUUCUUCGAUUCAUUCACCAUGCAGCGAUUAUUAUAACACUGGACACCGGGCUUGAAAAGCAUCGCGGCGAAACUUCCUCGAUGGAUUUAUGAAUGGAAAACACCUGCGUAGUGACACCAAGUGGGCUCCGAUCUGCAUCUUGUGAGGAUUUCUUGGAAAUUUAGUUGGAGAUUUCCUCUGUUUCCAGCAGGAGAGGAGCUGUGCUGUGUCUCGAGAGGGGCUUUUGGAGACUUGUCAUGUUGCCCUGUGACAUGCAUCGAUUGAAUCCCUUCAGAUUGUAAAGCGAAAGGCGCCGUUAAAAACGUGGAAUUUGGCGGAGAGCGAGCGCAGCCAGUGACCAUGGGCCGCCCUGCUGCUGAUCGCGUGCAGCUGUUAUCGCCGGCGCUACGGCUCCUUCUCGUGCAGCUGGGUCUGAUGCUGUCGCUGCUGUCGCUGCCUACGGGGGUUACCGGGUGCCCGAGGCCUUGCUCGUGCCAACAGCCCGGUGAGGUGCACUGCACGUUCCGAUCCCUCAUGGGGAUUCCCCCGGGGAUACCGAGAGACGUGGAGAGGAUGAAUCUCGGGUUUAAUUCCAUCCGGAAGAUCACAGAGUCGUCUCUGGCCGGACUGCGGAAGCUGGAACUGCUCAUGAUCCACGGCAACGACAUCCACGACAUUCCACACGGAGCAUUCCAAGACCUCAACGCACUGCAGAUGUUGAAGCUGAGCUACAAUAAGCUUCGUGAGGUGUCUCGUGGGACCCUUCAUGGCCUCUGGAGUCUGACGCGUCUGCACCUGGACCACAACCGCCUGGAGAGUCUGCAGCCGGACGCGUUCCAGGGUCUCACCUCACUGAGACUGCUGCAGCUGGAGGGGAACCGGCUGCAGACAAUACACCCCCACUCCCUCUGCACAUUCAGCCUACUGGGCCACGCCCCCAUGUCCACGCUGAGGCACCUGCACCUGGCGGACAACGAGCUGCGGACACUCCCCCACGCCGCCCUGACGACCACGCCGCACCUGGAGACGCUCACGCUGCACGGCAAUCCCUGGAGCUGCGACUGCAGAAUGGCCUGGUACAGGGGGUGGAGCCAGAAGAACACAGAUGUGCUGAAGUGCAAGAAGGAGCGUGGCCAGGCACAGGUGUGUCCUCUUUGCUCCUCCCCCUCUCACCUGAAGGACAAGGAGCUGCAGGAGCUAGCGGAUGAUGACCUCACAUGCUCUGCACCAAUCAUACGCUCCGCACAUCGCAGCCACGCCCCCGAAGACCUGGAGAGCGAGGUCACACCCUCUGAGGAGUUCCGGCCGUCGCUAGGCAACGUGUCGCUAGGGCUGACGGACGAGCACGGCAACAAGGUGGAUCUGGACUGCGGCGUGGCGGAACCGGAAGGCUCUACGCGGGCCAGUUGGGCCCAGACCGGGCCGGGGGGAACCAUCAGCGCCAACGUCUCCUUUCAACUGGACCUGUCAUGCCCCAUGGAGAGGGGCAGCUACGAGAGACUGUGGAGGCUUAUAGCAUACUAUAGUGACACGCCAGCACACUUGCAGAGAGAGGUGAUGCUGAGUAAAGACCCGGAUCUGAGUUAUCGCUAUCGUCAGGAUUCAGAGCGUGAUGCUCUCUACUUCACGGGGGUGCGUGCGAGCAUAAGGGCCCGGCCCGACUGGGUCUUGCAGCCCGAACUGGACCUGCAGCUGAACCGGCGCCGAUCCACAGGGAAACUGGUCCGACUAACACUCAGCGCCCGCACCUCACAGGUUCUUGACCAGCAGGAGGCCCGGCGUCAGGACCGCGACUGGGUCUUCAUCCAGAACCACAACCUCACCAAAACCUCCAUCACCGCCGUAGUGGGCCAGCCUGUGCAGAUGGACUGCGUGGUGACCAGCUCCGGCGACCCGGUUCUGACCUGGGUUCUGCCCAGUGGAACCAAAGUGGAGGCUCCGUAUCGCGCUGCGGACGGGCGCUUGGGGGUGACCGAAUCCGGAUCGCUCUCCAUCCACACGGCAGCACACGGUGAUGCGGGACUCUACUACUGCGUGGCACACCUGGGCGGAGACUUCAGCGUGCUCCCCUUCCGCCUGGUGGUGGAGGAGUCCUCUAGCCCGCCCCCUGGUGGUGAGGGAGUGGCGGCGCCAGUCACAGGCAUGGCUGUCGAGCGUGUCACCCUGCCCUGUGUUGCGUCUGCCUCUCCCGAUCCGGAGAUCCACUGGAUCCUCCCCGACGGCCAGGUCCUCAGCCCCCUCUCCCGCGGCGCGCCCCGAGCUCAGCUGGCCCCCAAUGGCUCCCUGGUGCUUCCCCAGGGACAGCUGUCGGAUAACGGAUACUACAAGUGCGUGGCGGUCAGCGCGCACGGCGUGGACGCCCUCGCCACCAAGCUCACGCUGUCCCGUCGCCCCGGGCGACCGCUGCAGAGGCCUAGUGGCGGGCGACCUCAAGGGGCCAGGAAGGUGUCGACACAGGUGACGGCCCCCAGAGGGGAGAAGAAGGAGAAGAAGGAGAAGAAGAAGGAGGAGGAGGAAGAGGCGUCGGGAGAUGAGGGGAGCGUACAGGAGUUGGAGGAGGAGGUUAUCCCGGUGGCGUCUCCUCCUCCUUCUAGAAGGCGGUUUCCUCAGGGAGGGGUGCGAGGCGGUCACCCGUCCCGAAACUCUUGGAGGCGGCCGGGGGUGCCCAUCAGGAAACCCAUCGCUAGGCAACCCAUCGUCAGGCAACCCAUCGCCAGGCCCAACUCCCCCGCCACCAAUGACAGGGAGAAGGAGAGGGGCGUGUCAGACUCCACCCGACGACGCAUCGGCCUAUCCAACAACCAGAUCGAUCCUGAGCGGUGGGCCAACAUCCUGGCCAAGGUCCGCCACAGAACCAAGAGCACGACGCUGAGUCCCGCCCGGACGACUGCGGAUAUAAUGACCCCUACUACUACACCGGAGUCAGAGGCUACAGAGACCACCACAGAGACCCCUGCAGACAGCACAGAGGAGGAGGAGGAGGAUGAAGAGGCGGCGACCACGGACGCCACUCCACAAACACCACACACCACCACCGAGGGUCCAGAGGAUUAUCCAGAAGAGGAGGAGGACCUGUUCACUACUGAGUCCACAAUAACUCCAGAACCGACCACCACCACCACGGCGGACCUCACCUGGACCCACUCGACAGUAGAACCCUCAACAGAACCCACUGAGGAGGAUAUAGAGGAUCUGACACCUACAACAGAACCAACACUGGACUACGACGACUCAGAUCUGCUCACUGAAACCACAACAGAAACUCCUCUGGAGGAGGAAACUCCAACUCCCACAAUCCCUUUCGACUACGAGGAAGAGGAAGAUGAAGACGAAGAGUUUACUACGACCCCCACCCCCACGUCCGAGACUCCUCUCGACCUAGACAAGGAUUUGGCCCUUGACCCCACGACAGAGCUGCCGCUGGACAUUCGCUCGCUCUACUCGGAGGAGCAGACACACGUCAUCUACCAGAUCUCCGAGCCGGACACCGACACGGACACGUACACAGAGAGCGCGCGCACACUGCAGCGGGUCACAGAACGCCCUCAACUAGCCACCAGCACCACUGCUACGACUGCUGCUGACGUCAUCGAUUAUGAUGAUGACGAUCUGCCAGAUGAGGAGGGAGACGGUGACAUCGCCACGGAUACAGAAACCACCACGACUGCACGGACGACGCAGGGGAGAGAGCGACACACAUCGCGUGCGAGAGACAGACAUACCUCGACACCUCAGGGCUCAAGAGACAGGCAGACGACUCCGGCCAAAGACACGCAAACGACACGGAGCAGAGUCGGACACACAUCACAGGGAAGAGGAAGAGGAAGAGGCGGACACACAACACGCACACAAUACCCUCACGCAACACACACAGGAGGAGGCCGAUACACCAUACAGACCAAAGACACUCAGACGACCUCUGGCAGAGAUAGACACACACCGCAGACAAGUGGUGGCAGACACGCAACACAUUCAGAAGACACACUCACAACACAUGCUGUUGACACACACACAACACAUGCUGAAGACACGCACACAACACAGUCCAGAGACAGACACACAACCCAGACGAAGCACAGACACAUGACCGAGGUUGAAGAAAGCCAGACCACCACUCAGGUACGGCAGAGAGGGAGAACACAGACGCCAGGCGGACACAGACACGGACACAGACACAGAGAGGAGCCAGAACGCAGAACCACUGCCGAGGGCGACGACGACGAGAGACGCACAGAGCCGUCUGGCCACAGACCGAGCGGUGAAGACCAACAACAGACACACGCCAGCUCCAGCUCCAGAGGUCGAGAGGAGGAUAGGCACGCUAGCAACAGCAACGCUGGCCAAAGACCAGGUCAGCCUGAACACGAUCACAAACAAACAAGUGGGACUGAUCAAACAAGCGGGACAGAUCAAAGGCACACCAGUACCACUGAUCAGAAGCAGAGAGGCGGCAAACGGCUACGAGUGGACUCCGACCAAAAGCACGGCACUCGGACCAGACAAAGAGAACGGAUCAAUGCUGAGGACAGACAUGAAGCUGACGCAUCAAAAAAGACUGGACAUGGAAUUAAUUCUAACUCUAACUCCAAAGACGGACUGUCUAAGACGGAUCACAGACUCGGUGCUGAUGCUGAGAACAGACAUUCAUCAAAGACGGGUGAGGAGAUCAGUACUGAUGCAGACCAAAGACACUCCUCGAGGUCUGGUCAAACACAUUCCGCUAAUGGUGAUGGUGAAAGACUUAAUACAGACACUAGCCAAGCUGGCCAAAGACAUAGCACAGAUGUUGAGGGCAGAGACUCUAAAACUGGCCAAAGAGUUAAUGCAGAUGUUGACAACAGAGACUCUAAGACUAGCCAAAGAGUUAAUUCUAACCUUGACGACGGACAGCCUUCUCAGGGCAAACAGUCUUCUCAGGGUGGCCAUCGGCAGGGGGGCAGGGGACGGGGGAGGAACAGAUCUCAGGGAAGAGGAAACAGGAAGCAGGGUGGCGUUCAGGAUCAGGAGGAAACGAGGCGAUCUCAGGUAACUACAGGUGUGACCAAUCAGGGCAGCCGUGGUAUGGGUGAGGAGAAUGGAAGGGGUGGACGACCUCAGGGAAGUGGCACUCGCAUGGCGGGGCAAGGUGAGGAGAGGCAAGGUGAGGAGAGGCAAGGUGAGGAGAGGCAAGGUGAGCAGGAUGAGAGAGGAGGGAGCACAGGUGGGUCUAGGAGUUCCCUCACGCCCUUGCGACCUCCUGCACCCUCUCCUACCAGCAUCACGUACGAUGUGAACCCUCGCACCCGUCUCACCGCACAUCCAACAACUCCUGCCGCUAUCCCCUACUCCACCUCCACCUCCACCUCCACCUCCACGCUUGACCCCUCCGCCUCUCCCUCCCCCAGCAGCGACACUCCUCUCCAGGGCAGAGGAUCCCGCAGGCGUCCUGGUGGUGGUGGUGGAAGGAGGAGGCGUCCUGGAGGAGGCCGCACUAGGAACAAACCUGGUUCCCCUACCUCGUCCCCGUCCCCAUACCCCUACCCCUCCUCCUCCUCCUCCUCCUCUCCGUCUCCUUCCCAGGCUGUGCCUGCUGGUGCUUCUGCUUCGCCCAGGACCAGAAUAGAAACAUCGGGGCGAGCCAAGAGCACGGCAGCCAAUGGCGCGGCAGCCAAGCCCGACUCCACUGUUCCACUCGAUGGCGGCCAGACGUUGUCAUCAGGCACAGCGGUGGUGACUCACCGGCACAACACUGGCUCUUUAUCCCCCGACGCCCGAGACCCCGCAGUGCCGCCCCGCACCCCAGAACUCGCGCCUGAGCAGCAGCAGCCAGGCUCCGCACGUGACCGUGGUGGCACCGCGCCACGCGUUUCCACCUCAUUGGACACUGACUCCUCCAGGCAGGACGGACGGGUCCCACAAACGCACACACACACAUCUGAGGAGCCUGGGAGAACGAACACACGCACACACACAUCUGAGGAGCCUGGGAGAGUUUCUCCAGAGCCUAGCAGCAGUUUCCCAUCUUCUGAGUCCUCGCGCGGUCUGGAGGAUUUCACGCCAUCCCAUAAUAAUCAUCAUCAUCAUCAUCAUCAUCGCCGUCCGGAACAGGCCUCAGCGGGGGGGACUCACAGAGGGGCCCCCCCUCAAGACCGGACGCAACACACACACUCGCAGCCCUCGCUCACACACACACACACAGGAACCUCUCACGAUCACACACACACCACACACACACACUCCAGAGUGGAGCCAGAUGCUGCUGAGGCGAGCAGGAAAGAUGACAAGCGUGACGGGCCAGGAACGGGCCCCAGCGAUGAUGUCAUAAUGGGGUUGCCACGGCACCCGUCGUCCUCAGCUGCCCCGACCAGUCAGGGCGAGGAGGGGGGUGACGUCUUCGGAGGAGGAGGAAGUAGAAGCAGCAGCAGCAGCAGCAGCAGCUCCAGCGGAGACCUGGGUCAAACAGAUGGCGGUGCCGGUGGCCGUGACGACGACGGGGCAGAUCAGGAGUAUCGAGUUACUGCGAAGAAACCAGAUCGGGGAACGGGAGCGAACCAAGAACCGAUUAGAACCUUUUCUUCUGUGGGACAGGAACCCUCAGGGGGUACCUCUGCUGGACGUGGUGGUGGUGGUGGUGGUGUUGGUGGUGGUGGUGCUGGUGGUGUUGGUGGUGGUGGUGGUGUUGGUGGUGGUGGUGGUUCUCCGGAUGGAAAACCUAAUUCUGCUACAGCAACGGGUCCUGAAGCCUCCAAACCCAAGCCCAAGCCCACCAUCGAGACCACAGAACCAGACUCUGCCGCCGCUGCCAAUCCGCUAUUACCCUCCAGAGAGAGACCCCACGUGCCCGCAGCGCACCCAGAUGCCAGUGUUACGCUUGGCACCACAGGUGGCAUAGACCAGCUUGGAGACACACACAGGGAGACAGCUCCUAGACCAGGACUCACACACACACAGCACACACACUCCAGCUCCGGUGGCCAAGGAUACACUCACACACAGCACACACAACACAACGCCGGCCAAGAGCAGACUCAAACACACACGCACACGCAGCACGGUGGUGGUUCAAGCCCUGAUCGUACACACACACAGAGUCCUAGCUCAGGAGACACACACACGAUGAAAGAUUCCAGGCCUGGCCAAGGAUACACCUACACACACACACACACGCAGCAAAGCAGCGGCCAAGGACUGAACACUCAUCGUACACACACACAGGACGUUCCUGGACGGGGCCAAGGCCAAGGCCGAGCGCCUGUAUCCAGGGAGGGGGAACAUAGUGAUGGGGGAACCAACAUCAACAGGGAGCGAGACUUCAGGCCAGGACAGAGGACACACACGCACACACAGCUAAACGCUAAUCCAGCACAGACUCCUACACACACACAGCACACGCCAAAUCUAGGGCAGACACACACGCACACGCACACACAGCAGAGGCCCAGCUCAGGACAGAAUAACACACACUCUGAUCAUCACAGGCUUAGCCCCGAGCAGACCUACACACACACACAUCACAGACCUAACACCGGGCAAACGUACACACACACCACCCAUCAUAGACUUAUCCCAGGACAGACCAACAUACACACAAUUCACAGAUUUAACGGCAACCAGACGCGAACAGGCCUAGAUCACAGAACUAACCCGGAGCAGACACACACAUACACACACACAGAUCCACAGAGACCCAACUCAGGACAAACUUUGAACGUUGAAAGAGAGAGGGAGAGGGAGAGAGCGCCGACUCCCGGCGUGCGAGUGCUUCUCCCGUCAGACCCCAUCAGACAUACGGGUGGUGCUGCCAUCCCCAGACUUCAGCCCUCCACCGCCUCACCCCCUCCACCCUCCACCCCCUUCCCCAUGACCCCACCUCGCUCUCACCCCCGCUCCGGCUCGGGCAAUGGCACCCUCCCCCAGCCCCAGUCCAGCGUGUCGCCGGUGCAAGUGCCCGCAGGACGCGGGAAGCCGCGGAUAUCCUCCUCUAACGUUACCGUUACUGUGACUGUGGCGGCGGAGGGCGACGCCCACCUGCCGUGCGCCGCCAGCGGGGAGCCACGCCCCUUCCUGUCCUGGACCAAGGUCUCCACAGGAGCCAGCGUGGCCCAGAACACCCGCAUCCAGCGCUUCGAGGUGCACUCCAACGGCACCCUGAUCAUCCGCAGCGUGCUGCCGUCAGACCAGGGCCAGUACAUGUGCAGCGUGCAGAACCAGUACGGGGAGGACCGGGCCCUGAUCCUGCUCAGCGUCCAGUCGGAACACCCCCGGGUUCUACAUCAGCGGUACCGUGACGUGAGCGUCCACAUGGGGGCGCCGGUGGACCUGGACUGCCUGUCGACGGGACAUCCGAGCCCGCGGGUCACCUGGGUGCUGCCCGACCGCGCCAUGCUCCACACGGGGGCGCUACCCGCCACGGCCUCACUGGCUUCACAGCAGAGGGUGUCUCUGCUCCCCAACGGGACUCUACGCGUCUCCCAGACCACCUACACGGACCGCGGCAUCUAUAAGUGCAUCGCCAGCAACGCCGCGGGAGCCGACUCCGUAACCGUGCGCCUGCACGUCUCCGCACUCCCGCCCACCAUCACGCAGGGUCGUCAGGACAACGUGACAUUGCUGGAGGGAAGCACCGCCUACCUGCACUGCUCCGCCAUCGGAGCCCCACCCCCUUCCGUGCGCUGGACAACACCCGACAACUCCCAGCUACGCCCCUCCCAGUUUGUGACGGGUCGGAACCUGUUUGUGUUCCCCAACGGAACUCUGCUGGUGCGCACUGUGGGCCCAGAGGACUCGGGCCGCUAUGAGUGCUCCGCCACCAACGCCGUGGGCGCCGCCUGGAGGGCCAUCAACCUGCAGGUCGUCACGGGAGCGGCCUCGCGCCGCGCUCGCAUCACCUUCUCGUCGCCGCAGACCACGGAGGUCGGAUACGGAACACAGCUGCACCUUGACUGCGUUGCCACGGGAGAUCCGGAACCCCGAAUCAUCUGGAGGACGCCCUCCAAGAAACUGGUGGACGCUCAGUACAGUUUCGACCCUCGUCUAACAGUGUUCUCCAACGGAACACUGGAGUUGACGUCGGUGACGGAGCUGGACCAGGGUGACUACCUCUGCGUGGCGAGAAACAAGAUGGGAGACGAUUACAUCCCGCUGCGGGUUGUCGUGGUCACCAAGCCCGCCAAGAUCAUGCAGAAACAGGAACUGGUCAGCCAGGAGGUGACGUACGGCUCAGACCUCAGGGUAGACUGCGUGGCGUCGGGUCUGCCCAACCCCAAGAUCCAAUGGGCCCUCCCGGACGGAACCAUGGUCAACAGCGUGAACUUUAACCCCUCGAGCUCGGGGUCGAGCUUUGGUUCCGCCGGCUCGAGCAGCCCGGGGCGGUCGCGGCGGUACGUGGUGUUCGAUAACGGCACGCUGUACUUUAACGAGGUGGGCAUGCGCGAGGAGGGCGACUACACCUGCUACGCAGACAACCAGGUGGGCAAGGACGAGAUGAAGGUCCGCGUCAAGGUGGUGUCUGACGCGCCGGUGAUCCGCAACCGCACGCAGGCAGGAGGAGGCGUGGUGCGCGUCAUCUACGGCGGGUCGGCCACGCUGAGCUGCGAUGCGAAAGGGGAGCCGCCGCCCACCAUCCUCUGGUUCUCCCCCACUAGCCGCACCAUCCCUGCGUCCUCCGACAAGUACCGUGUCCAUAGCGACGGCACGCUGGUCAUCCACAAGGCGCAGCGCCUGGACGGAGGAAACUACACCUGUCUAGCACGCAACAGCGCCGGGCAGGCACGACAGGUGACCCGCCUGGAGAUUCUAGUUGCUCCGCCCACCAUCAACGGGCUGCGGGGAUCGACCAAUAGCCUUCGAGUGCGGGGCGUCAGGGACCAGCGGAGCUACGUGGACUGCGAGACGACAGGAACGCCGCCGCCACGCGUCAGCUGGGUUCUGCCUCGUAACGUGAUCCUGCCGACGCCCUACUACAGCAGCCGCAUGACGGUGCACCGCAACGGAACGCUGGAGAUCCGCGGGCUGAGGAGCAGCGACGCCGCGCAGCUGGUGUGUGUCGCGCAGAACGAGGGAGGAGAGGCCCGUCUGAUGGUGCAACUGGACGUGGAUGAGCCUGCUCUGGAGAGACGACCCUCUACUCCCCUGGUCCUCUCCCCAGCUUCAGAUAGACGUCCCUCCAACCCCCUCGCCCCAGCUGCUUUCCCUGAGACACGUCUCUCCAUUCCCGUCGCCCCUGGACCUGAAAGGCAUCUAUCCAACCCCCUUGCCCCAGCCCCUGACAGACGACCCUCUAACCCCUUUGCUCCAGCUCCUGUUCCUUUCCCUGAGACCCGUCUCUCCAUUCCCUUCGCCCCUGCUGCUCCUAGUAGUCCAGAGAGGCGUCUGUCCACCCCACUGGCCCCCGCCCCGGCUGCACCUUUCCCUGAGACCCAUGUCUCCAACCCACUUGCCCCUGUCCCUGGUCCCAACCCAGUGGUGCCUGUGAUCCCCAGGACAGACGCCCGCCCCCUCACUCUCGGCACCCCCAUCAUGCUCAACUGCUCCCUGCCCGGCGUUCCCUUGAGCACCCUCUCCUGGGUUCUCCCCGGUUCCGGUUCCACGCUCGCCAGCGGUGCGCGCUUCUCCCGGUUCUACCACCGGCCCGACGGAACCCUGAUCAUCAGCAACCCGACGCUGUCCGAAGGCGGCGUGUACCGGUGCGUGGGGCGCAGCGGCGGCGCGGGUGUGGGCAGCAUGCUGGUGGAGCGUACCGUGGCGCUGGUACCAGGUCGCGCCCCGGAGAUCACCAGCCGCUACAGCGCCCCGGUCAGCAUCCUGAACGGAGGCAACCUGCAGUUACACUGCCUGGCCAGAGAGGGCAGCGCUGCGGCACGGCUGAGCUGGACGUUGCCGAGCGGGGUGGUGCUGACGCAGGGUCAACGCGCCGGGCGCUACACCAUCAUGCCCAACGGCACGCUGGCCGUCACGGCGGCGUCCGUCUACGAUCGCGGCUCGUACGCCUGUCGCGUGGCCAAUGAGUUUGGCAGCGCUGUCCUCACUGUGCCCGUCAUCAUCAUCACCUACGCCCCGCGCAUCACCAGCGCGCCCGCCCCCACCACCCAGGCGCGCCGCGGGGUCGCCGUGCAGCUCAACUGCGCCGCUACGGGGUUGCCGCGGCCGGAGCUUGCCUGGGAGACGCCCGACAAGACGCGCCUGGUGGCCUCCGCGCAGCCGCGACUCUUCGGAAACAAGUACCUCCACCCCCAGGGGGCGCUGGUCAUUCAGAACCCGACGCAGCGUGACUCGGGGUACUACCGCUGCACGGCGCGCAAUGUCAUCGGAGUGGACUCCAAGGGGACCUACCUGCAAGUGCUGUAGGUGUCGACUCCAGAGCCUAGCGUUUCUUUUAGGGACUCUUUAGCCUUAGAGAUUCCAUCCUCAGCCAUUCUAAUGACAGUUUGUAUUGACACCAGACCAUAAAGUCAUUGGAGUCGGAUCCAAGUGCUGUAGAGCGUGUAAUACACAAUUUCUUACAGAGACUCUUUGACAAUGACACUUUGCAGACCAUUAUUAUCAUGUGGAGUCCAACUUCCUGCAGGUAUUGUAGAGCGUAAUGUGGAAUACAACCUCAGACAAUCAAUCUUAUGUGGAAUACAACACUAUCCCUUACGGAGACUGUUCAGACACUUUGCAGACCAGCAUGUGGCAUGCAUCCACCCUCUCAGCUUUGGAGACCAGUAUGUGGCAUGCAUGCAUCCACCCUGUCAGCUUUGGAGACCUCAGCCAAUCUGAUGACAAUGUCUCUGCUGCCUAUCUAGUGACACUUUCUAGAUGCAAUGCCUCUCGUUUGUUUCAGGUACUCGUGCAGAGAAUUAUGUGGAAUAUAUCAUUCCUUUAACUUUGUGACCUUUCAGAUGACACUUUACAUUGACUAGGUGCUGUAUAUGGUUUUUAUAAUGCCUGGUCCCCAUAUACAAUAGAAUGCCAUAGAAAUCAAUAGAAUUGGGCGGGAUUUUGUGCUUCUAGGCGGGUUUUGAGCAUUUUUUGGGCUGGAAAUCAUCAGACUCAUCUGGCAACCCUGCCAGGGACUCCGCCACUUCAGCCCUCCAAGAGUAUACAUCAGAGCAUACAUCAUCUCUUCAGUCUGGAGAAUCAGAAUCUUCAGCCAUUCUAAUGAUACUCUGCAGUGCACCGCAUGCAGAGCGUAAUGUGGAACAUAUCAUCUUUCUCACUUAGAGAAUAGAGCAUGAUCUGGACUGCAUCCACCCUCUCUGCCUUAGGGACUCUACUCCUGAUCUGGACUGCAUCCACCCCACCCUCUCUGCCUUAGGGACUCUCCAGUCUACAGACUCUCCAGCCAAUCUGACAGUGUGCAUUGACUAGGUGCUCAAUAUGGUUUUAUAAUGCCUGGCUCCAUAUGCAAAAAUAGGUUUCUGUUCUGUAUUUUCAAAAAUCCUGCACGCAAUACAAACACAAGAGUCAACCCUGAGCCUAAGUCGUAGAGUAUAAUAUGAAGCCUCCCAUUUAGGGACUCUUUGGUCUUAGAGACUCCUCAGUCAUUCUAAUGAUAGUUUGUAUUAUUGACCACACCAGAGCACAAUACAAUCACCCCCGCUCUCUCUCAGGGACUCAGUCUACAGUCUAGAGAGUCUUCAGCCAUCCCAAUGACAUUGUUGAUUCAACAUCGUGCCUUCAGCCUAAGUCUAAGUGUAUAACGUGAAGGCCCAUAUUUCCUUUAGAGACUCUGCAGCUGUAGAGAAUUCAGCUAUCCUAAUGUCACGUUGUAAUGACAAGAUGCUGUUUAUGGUUUUACAAUGCCUGGCCUCCUUAUGCAUUUUUUUUUGUGUGUUCUCAAAAAUUCUGCUCACAAAUUCUUGAUGAGGAUUUCUAGAGAUUCUCUUUGUUUCACCACCUACGCAACACUUGUUAAACAAAAACCCCUGACGGGCACUCCACAUGUUCACACAUGAGAAAAGAUGCAACCCGAACCCCAAGCCUAAGCCUUAGAGUGUAAUGCAAAGCCUCCAGUUUAUUUUACUCUGACUGGGAGACUAGCCAUUUUAAUAAAUAGCCAUUUUAAUGACACUGUGCAUUGACUAUAUGGGUUUGUAAUACCUGGCCAUACAUGCAAAAAGGUUCUAUUUCAUGUAUAUAUCUUCCUCCUCCACACAUCUUUCUCCUGCACUCAUUCUUGAACUACAUGCCCUACUUCCAAAUGUUGCUAUCAUGUUAUAUUAAGGUGAGUUGACAUCUCACAGAGCAGGUAUCCGCUGAGAGCUUCCCAAAUGACUAUUGCAGAGAAGUGGACUAUAGUGGCUGUAAGGGUUUCCACAGACUCGCUCAACACCUACGCAAGACUCCUUAAACACAAUCCCCUGAAGGGAACUCCACAUGUCCCUCCAUGUCUUGAUGUGGUUCCAAGAGGAGAGUCGCCGUACAGUUGCCGUCAGUCAUAGCCUUUAGGAAAAUCUAAGCAGUACAGAUUCGUAGCCUACAGCCAGUUUAGUUUAGUUAUGUUUUUGGCAUAUUUGACAUGGGCCAUGUACAGGACAUUUCCAGUACCAGAGCUGUAAAGCUUAAGCUUAUUUGCAUCCAUGGUCCCUGGACAGGUUACUAUCAAACAAACACACAUUCAAAUAAAACAUUGCAACAGAUGGUAAAAGCAGGUACUGUAUAUGCAGACAUGCUCUCCUGCAAACGCAGCAACGCAGCAACGCAGCAGGUAGUCUCCUGCAAACGCAGCAGGCAGCAACGCAGCAACGCAGCAGGCAGUCUCCUGCAAACGCAGGGAUUAGCUUCCAAAGCUUCCAAAAGCUGCAGUACAGUUGCAGUCACUAGUGCUUACAGCCUUGUAGCCCCUUGAGAGAGCCCUGUCUUGCAAUCUUGGUGCCCCUUGAAACAACACUGUCUUGCAACAUUGGUGUCCCUUGAAAGAGACCUGUCUUGCAGUCUUGUAGCUCCUUGAGAGAGCCCUGUCUUGCA